AUGGGCGAGGCUGGCAGGGAUGAGGAGUUCGAGCGUUUGUGCCAGCUUUGCCGCGCACAACACCUCGAGCACACUGCGGGCCUGGCCAUUGCCAUGCGCAGCACGGGCCUGGCAGCCCGGCGCUCUGCCCAGGCGCGACGGCGGUCGCCGGAGCACUUGCACCUGGACCGGCGCCAGCUAGGCCGCUGCCCCGUGCUGGAAGAGGAGGGCAUGCUGCGCUUGCUGAACUACCAGAACAAUGCCAUCACCCGCAUUGAGAAUUUGGAUGGCUUGCCUCAUCUGGCAUUUCUGGACCUCUACGACAACAAGAUUCAGCACAUCGAGAGCUUGGACUCGUGCAAGAAUCUUCGCGUCUUGAUGCUGGGCAAGAAUCAGAUCCAGCGCCUCGAAAACCUGCGGAAUUUGGAGAAGCUGGACGUGCUGGACCUGCACAGCAACCGGAUCAAGGAGAUCCAGAACAUCCGACACUUGAAACAAUUGCGUGUGCUGAAUUUGGCGGGCAACCUCCUCCAGCAAGUCACUGGGCUGGAGGGCUUGUCCGCGCUGGUGGAACUGAAUAUCCGGCGCAACGCGAUAACCAGCCUGAGCGGGUUGGAGCGUGUGCCUCAGCUCCAAAGGCUCUUCGCAUCGCACAAUCACAUCGUGACCCAAGAGGGCCUCCGUGCUCUGAGCUCCAUGACGAACCUCCGGGAGGUGUCGAUGGACGGGAACCCUGUGGUGGAAGCUGCCGAGGUGUAUCGUGCCCACAUCGCGUCCUUGUGCCCGGCCCUGGAGAUUUUGGACAAUGCCAAAGUGGACCAUAAAAGUCUCGCAAGUCCUGCCACCGCAAAAGCAUCCGCCGCCCUCGUGGCCCCGGAAGCUGCGGAUGCUCCGCUUGAAGCGCCGAGACCCGAGAAGGAGAAGGAGAUAGACCGCUCCGCCAGCUUUGACAGGCGUCACCUCAGCUCCCGCAGCCCCCACUUGGUGGCUCACAAGCGCAUGACCAGCCGCGAGGCGGCAAAAGGCGUCACGAGCCUCGCUGUCUCGAGCGCGGGCCUUGCCGCAGGUCCGAAGGCCUCCUUUCGGGAGGAGCUGCCGAAAGCGCCGCAGGAGCAGAAGGCUGGGUCCAUGACAAGCGACGAGGUCCUGCAGGCCAUCAAGGAGCAAUGGGCGGAUGUGCUCAAGAAGCAGUGCCUGAUGACUCGCCAUGGCUAUGUGAAGAGGGGCCAGGCCUCCGAGCUCUCCAUCUUCGGGCGAGGCCUGGAUGCCUUGGAGAAGAUUGAAUACCAGACGGCAGUCACCAGCAUUUGCUUCCAGUACAUCAUGAUCGGAGUGCUGGUCAACGAGGUAGCACGCCUUGCCAAGUUCCAAGAUCUCAGCAGUAUCACCUUCGUGCAGAACGAGAUCACCUCGCCGCAGCAGCUGGAGGCUUUCCAACGGCUGCGCCUGCGGAGCCUUACCAUCAAGGACAAUCCUAUCUGCCGGGGCAGGGCGAACCUGCGUGUAAAUAUUCUUCGAUGGCUUCCGCAACUGCGAAAGAUUGACGAGCUGGAGGUUCAGGACUACGAGCGCGUAGAGGCGCAGAACCUCCGAGAUGCCUUGCCGGUAGUGGCUGCCGAAAGUCCAACAAACCGCAAAGACACAGAGGACAUGGUGCAGCAGUUGCUGAGCCACGCUUGCGAGGUGGACAGCCGAAUCUCCGCUGCCCACCUGCACUUCGAGCACGCGGUCGAGCAGGCGGCGGCCUGUGUGAUCUUCGUGCCCGUGGACGUCAUCAAAGAGCGGCUCCAGGUGCAGCUAGCAUAUGCGCACCUGGCGCCCGGAGGACUCGGGGGUCCACCCCUCCGUCCUACUCAGGGAGCUUGA